AUGAUUCGUGGAUUCCGCUUGGGAAGCGUCGCCGCUCGCCGUUUCGUGUCUACCGCAAACGCCUCCACUAAGUACACCACCUUAUCCAACGGUGUCACCGUUGCUACUGAAGUCAACCCUCAUGCUCACUCUGCCGCUGUGGGUGUUUUCUUUGGCGCUGGUUCCAGAUCCGAGAACCCAUACAGCAACGGUGUGGCCGCAUUGACCACAUCCGUGUUGGGCCGUGGUAUCCAGAAUGGCGUUCUUUUCUCUUCUGAGUCUACCAAGGAGAUCAACGGUGUCAUUGCCCACUCCACCAACGCCAACGCAACUGUAGCUGCUACUGAAGUGGCCAAAAUUGUGUCUGCCGCUCCUGAGUUCAUCGAAAAGGCCGACUUUGCUGACGCUAAGGCUGCUCAGUACGCCAAGGCUGUUGCUUUGGAAGCUGAACCCUCCAAGAUGGUGUUGGAGCACUUGAAUGCUUCCGCUUUCCAGGGCUACUCCUUGGGCUUGCCAACCUUGGGUACCACUGACUCCAUCCCAGACUUGGAGAAGCUGGACUCGCUCCGUUUCUUAGAAAAGCACUUGGUUGGUUCCAACACUGUGGUGGCUGCUUCCGGUAACAUUGAGCACGACGCCUUGGUCGAUGCCUUGGAGGCUUCUUUGAAGAUCUCCGAGGGCCACAAGCCUGCUGUUGCCCCAGCUUCGUUCCUCGGUUCUGAGGUGAGAUUGAGAGAUGACACCAACCCUAAGGCUUACGUUUCUAUCGCUGUUCAGGGUGAGGGUGUUACUUCCCCAGCCUACUACGUGGCCAAGGUCGGUGCUGCUGUUUUCGGUGACUUCGACGCCAAGACCGCUCUCGCCAAAUUCACAUCUCCAAAGUUGGCUUCCAUUGUCCAGGAAUACCAUAUUGUUGACAAGUACACCCACUUCUCCACCUCGUACUCUGACACUGGUUUGUGGGGUUUCAACGCCGAGAUCUCUAACAUCGAGCAGAUUGAUGACUUUGUUCACUUCACUUUGAAGGAGUGGAACAGAUUGACCGUCUCUAUUACCGACGCCGAGGUGGCUAGAGCUAAGGCUGCCGUCAAGACCGAGAUCUUGGCUUCCUUGAACUCUCCACAGGCUAUUGUCUCUGACAUUGGUUCUAAGGUCUUGUUGAACGGUUACAGAGCCUCUAUCUCCCAGGCUUUGGAAGCCGUGGAUGCUAUCUCCACCAAGGAUGUGAAGAACUGGGCUUCGGUCGCAUUGUGGGACCAGGACAUUGUUAUCGCUGGUACCGGUUCCAUCGAGGACUUGUUGGACUACAACAGAUCCAGAAACGCUAUGGCCAUGAUGAGAUGGUAA